AUGAUCAAAUCCCUUCCUUCGUUCGCUUACCUUCUUGCCUUUGUUCUCAAUUUGGCUCUAGGUGCUGACAGUGGUAACAACACCAAUACGCCAGCCAUCGAGGUUAUAGGCAACAAGUUUUUCUUUUCCAACAACGGUUCCCAAUUUUAUAUGAGAGGUGUGGCCUACCAGGCAGACACGGCUAACUCGACUUCAGAUGAAACAAUCAAUGAUCCGUUAGCUAACUACGAUAAUUGUAAGAGAGACUUGCCAUACUUGCAGGAGUUGCAAACCAAUGUGAUCCGUGUGUAUGCUUUGAAUACGUCCCUCGACCACACUGACUGCAUGACUGCGCUUGCUGACGCGGGUAUAUACGUUAUCGCAGAUCUCUCAGAGCCAAGUUUAUCGAUCAACAGAGAUUCUCCUUCCUGGGAUUUGGACUUGUACAAUCGUUACACAGAAGUCGUCGAUGCUCUUCACAAUUAUACCAAUGUUUUGGGAUUUUUCGCAGGUAAUGAAGUUAGUAACAACGCUUCAAACACCGAUGCGUCUCCAUUCGUGAAAGCCGCCAUCAGAGAUGUCAAGAAGUACAUCUCCGACAAAGGUUACAGAAGCAUCCCAGUAGGUUACUCGACUAACGACGACGAAGAUACUAGGGUACCCAUGGCUGACUACUUUGCUUGCGGUGACCAAGACGUUAAGGCUGAUUUCUACGGUAUCAACAUGUAUGAAUGGUGUGGCUCUUCAUCAUUCACCGCUUCUGGAUAUGCAGACAGAACCAAGGAAUUUUCAAACUUGAGUAUUCCAGCUUUCUUUUCCGAAUAUGGCUGUAACGAAGUUCAACCAAGAAAGUUCGAGGAAGUUUCCGCUCUUUACAGCGAUAAUAUGACUAGUGUCUGGUCUGGUGGUAUCGUCUACAUGUACUUCGAGGAGGCCAACAAUUAUGGUCUUGUUUCUGUGGAUGGGUCCAAAGUAAGCACGCUGAGCGAUUUCAAUUAUCUAAAAAGCGAGUUAGCCUCUAUUUCCCCUAGCUCCGCCAAUAGUGCUUCUUAUACGGCGUCAACAACCUCUCUUUCUUGUCCUGCAACAGGCCAAUAUUGGAAGGCAGCUACUGCACUACCACCUACGCCCGAAAAGAAUGUCUGUGACUGCAUCAAAAGCAGUUUGACUUGUGUACUAAGCGACGAUGUUGAUGAUGACGAUUAUGGCGACCUAUACUCGUACUUGUGUGAUAAGAUUGACUGUGGUGAUAUUUCUGUUAAUGGAACUACAGGAUCCUACGGUACUUACUCCUUCUGUGACGACGAAACUAAACUAUCGUUUUUACUAAACAAAUACUAUGAGUCCCAAAACAAAGCCAGCAGUGCGUGUUCCUUCAGCGGUUCAGCUUCACUGGCCUCCGCCAGUAGUGCCUCAUCCUGUGGAACUGUCUUGUCCUCUGCUUCAGCAAGUGCAAGUUCGGUAUCUGCUUCCGCAUCUGGAAAUGCCUCGGGCUCUGCGUCUGGUUCUGGUUCGUCCUCAAGCUCGUCAAGCACCUCUUCCUCUUCGGGUAAGUCAAACUCUGCUGGACUAACUAGCCAGCCUAUUUCGACUUCCUCUGUUAUACUGGCCAGUGUUUUCGUUUGUUUCGUUACGAUGGGCCUCGGUUCUGUCAUGUUGUAA